CGGUGCGCGUGCGGCGCGGAGCGGACAGGGGGGGCAGGCAGCAUGCAGUGCGAGGCCGAGCUGAGGCUCUCCUCCCCCGGGCAGCUGCAGGCUGCCAGGCGGCGCUACAAGACCUUCAUGAUCGAUGAGAUCCUGUCCAGAGAGACGGUAGAUUACUUCGAGAAGCUCUCCCUCUACUCCUCCGUGUGUCCUUCUCUCAUCGUGCGACCCAAACCGCUCCACUCGUGCCCGGGCUCGUCAUCCCUGCGGGCCUACCCCCUCCUCUCAGUCAUCACAAGGCAGCCCCACCUGCCGCAGCCGUCCUCCCCGCUCCAGGUCCACUCGCACCUGCCCCUGAUCUCCCCGCAGCCCCUGCGAGGCUCCGAGGCCUCGCCCAGCCAGACUCCGCUCAGCAUCAGCAGCGAGUCGGAGACGGAGCGCAGCACGCCGCGCCUGAAGAAGCCGCGACGCAGCCGCACCAUCUUCACCGAGCUGCAGCUCAUGGGCCUGGAGAAGAAGUUCCAGAAGCAGAAGUACCUGUCCACGCCUGACAGGUUAGAUCUGGCUCAGUCUCUUGGACUCACACAGCUCCAGGUGAAGACGUGGUACCAAAACAGACGCAUGAAAUGGAAAAAAAUGGUGCUUAAAGGAGGUCACGAAGCCCCGACUAAGCCCAAGGGAAGACCCAAGAAGAACUCCAUUCCUACCACGGAGGAAAUAGAGGCUGAGGAGCUAAGGAUGAAGGUAGAAGAAGAGGAGCGGAUGAGGAGGGUGUCCAAGGAUGCAGCACUGAUUCGGGGAGCGGGAGCAUCUCCGCUGGAACCCGAAGACCUCAGUUCAGAAGGUCACAGUCCGAGCGGAGCAACGGAGGGACCCGAGCGGGAGCAGCCACUCCUAAUGUCAGAAACUCACUCAGCCAGCUAAGUGAGAACAAAAGCAACCAAAGACUAAUGCCAACCUGACAACAAGCAGAGCCUCAGGAUCAGUGUACAAAAAGCUUGUUUGGUGUUUCGAGCCAUUUGCUUUAGCGUGAUGACUGGCUGCACAUCAGUUUGUACCAAGUGCAGCACUGUGUUUACUGUGGACUGUGUAAAGUAUCAUACAGAAUCCUACGUUUAAUACACACUGAUUGUACUGGUAAUCCUGUGACCUUUGGUCAGUAUGACGAGGAGUGUAAAUCUGUCAGAUCCAAACAGGUGAGUCAAAACACAGCAGCAUAUAUGACACACUCACGUUUUUGAGCUUUUCAUCUUUGAGAGAUUACACCCACCUCUUAGCGUUGCCAAGUAUCCAGCACUGCCUUAUUGUAGCGUCUCUUUGUAUUAGAAACCAGUUUGAUGCCAAAAAAAAAAAAAAAAAAAAGAGCUGUAAGGUCCAAAAGCUACAGUGCCUUGUUGGUCUCAGAGGAAAACUUUGAACUUGUUGGUAAAGCAGCCAUCAAAUGCAGUAUAUUUUUUACAACAAAGUGCCAUAUUUGGAGUUCAAUUUUUAAAGUUGAAAAAAAAAAAGAAACUUCCAUGUUUAGAUUUUACUGUAAAGCUUAGAGACAGGAAUAUGUGGAUUAUUUGCUCGGUAAAAUGAGCAUUUGUCUUUUACGUUUAAAGCUAAAUGUAUAAAACGUAUAUUUAUCUGCUGUUUUAAAUUGGAUUAAGAUAGUUUAUAUGUCUAAUGUUUCCACCGUGCCUGAGCUAUAAUCUUUUUUUUUUUUUUAAGGGAGUCAGGAUGAUUUUCAGUUACGAGGGCACUAAGACUCUUAAGCUGUCAGUGAUUCAUUGAGGGGAUAAAUCACAGCUUGUGCCAGAAGUACACAGCAAAUGUUGAACAUUUAAAGUCUCAAAGCUGUUUUCUGCCUGCAGGCUUUGCAUGAGUCCCCUGAUCGGUAUGUCAGACCUGCAUUAACUUAACGCCGGCACCGUCCUGACUUUAAACUCCUCACGUUCACUUUUCAUUGUAUGGAGUCACUGUUUGGAAUAUGACACUAAUUGAUUUUUAUUUGUCAUUAUUGUUUGUAUAAA